GCCUCCACAUCAUUCCUUUCACAUGACUCUGUACUUGAUUUGACAAUUUCUUUCUUUCAGUUCCUCCAGUCCUGUAAGGUUAGCAGAUAAAGCCUGCCCAUCCGAGGUCGAAGAUGUCUUGUUGCCCUCAGGUCACUCCUUGGUUUAUGGUUUAACACAGCUCCUGUACUGUGAAGUCUGAUUUGUUUUCCCUCUCUCCACUGCAUUUAGAACAGGCACCUACUGCUCUCUGUGGAACCCCUGAACACUCUUCUUGAGCAGAAAUGGGAGAAAUUUGCAGUCUAUAUGUUCGCUAUCAACUUCCUCCUGUAUCUGUCUUAUGUCAUCACUUUCACUGCUGUUUAUUACGACUGGUCUCAUGCAAACAAGACAGACAUCAUGUCCACUACAUCAAGACAACUGAGUGGACAGAUCUUUAUUUUAACAUGGGCUGUUGCCUUACUUUUCAUAGAAGUAGCAUCAAUAAUUCACUUGAGACUUUCGGACCUGCAAUCAAUAAUGACAGAUGCAUGGUUCCACAUCCUGUUCUUUUUGCAGUCUGGGCUGGCAGUCUUAUGCACGAUAUUAAACUGGGCAGGUGUGGAGUCCCACCUGGCGAUCCAGGUGUUGGCUAUGGCUCUGAGCUGGAUUAAUAUCCUGUACUAUACCCGCGGGUUCCAGAGCAUGGGAAUCUACAGUGUUAUGCUACAGAAGAUUCUGCUAACCGAUGUUGCGCGAUUCCUGUUUAUUUAUUUACUAUUCCUAAUCGGAUUUGGUACAGCACUUGCCUCCCUGAUUCAGGGGUGCCAGGACAAUGAACAGUGCAGUGCUUUCGCCAGUUUCAACACUGCAAUUCUGGAGCUAUUCAAGCUAACCAUUGGACUGGGUGACCUGGAAGUACAGAAACAAGUAAAAUACCCAGAGCUCUUCCUCUUCGUGUUGGUGUUGUAUGUUGUCCUGACCUUUGUCCUCCUGUUGAACAUGCUGAUCGCACUGAUGGGGGAGACCGUGGAGAACAUUUCCAAAGAGAGUAAAAACAUCUGGAAACUACAGAGAGCAAGAACCAUUCUGAAUCUGGAGAAGUUUUUGCCAAAGUAUCUGAAGGAGAAAUUUCAACUGGGAAAAACAUUUCACGGCAAGAGAUACAUCAGGAUCAAAGAAGUUAACUGGACAAAAUGGAACACCAGUCUAGUUCGCAUUAAUGAAGACCCAGGUAACGAUGAGGAAGAUGAUCACACAGUACAUCACUCAUUGCGACCGAGAAGAACCUCUUUCAGAAGGCCAUUACACUUGUGGGGUAGGAGAAAAUGGAAUCAUGGCUCCCCCCCAGACAGGAAGCAGCAACAGGAGGACCUUCAAUCAAAUGUGGAGAUGAUUUCUCCACAAGAUGCAUCACAAAUUUGAGGAUAAGACAUUGUAAGGAAGUAUGCAAAGUGGAGAUGCAAUGACGGAACUAGUUUAUCCCGAAAUAUUUCACCUCACUAAAUAGUGAUAACUUGACCUGUUUCUGGACAGAAGGCAUGAGCAAUAAAUGCUGCCUAGCAAGUGAUGCCCUCAUGCAGUGACUGAAUAAAGAAAACAAUUCAAACUCCAUUUCUGAAGCGAGUGCACAAGUUUCAGGUUGAACUUCCAAAGCAAUCCUGAGGAAGUAUCAAUUUCCAAUGAAAGUUCAAUACAUUAAAAAAAAAAUCAAAGGGUAUUAUUCAAGUAUCUAGCCCAUAUUCUUCUCUCAAAACACCAUCCAAAAAAAGUUUGUCAUUGUUACAAAAAAAAUAAAAAUGCAUAAUUGGCUCCUGA